ACCAAGCUCUGCCGCCCUGAGGCCCCGCGGCGGGAGGGGCGCGGGCCGCGCUGCCCUCAGGGCCGCCUCAGCUGGCGGGACGUGGCGGGGAUGCACCUGCGGGGCUCGGCCUGAGGAGAAGCGGCUCUGCCCCAGCCCCGGGCCGCCGCCGGGCCGUCCUGCCCCAUGGCCGUGUCCCCGUUCUGCAACUCCUGCAUGCGGCAGCCCCUCAGCCCCACGCCGCUGUUCUACCUCACCAACUGCGGCCACGUUUUCUGUGAGGUUUGCCUGCAGAAAGGCAAAAAAGAUGAAUGUUUGAUCUGUAGAAGUCCUUGUCGUACCUUAGUCCUUUCAAAAGAGAUAAGUCCUGAUAUUCAAUCACUGUUCGUGCAAUUAGAUGUGUUAUGCAAGAAGUAUUCAACUGAGUUGACAAAGGUUUCAGAAUUUCAAGAAAGAUAUCGUAAGCGUUUAUUAACACACUACAAGGAAAAGAUAGCAAAGCUGGAAGAGUCUCUCAAGAAAGCAACACAGCAAAUGCAACAGAUGCAAUGUAUGAAACCUCCUGAUAAAACUACACCACUGCCAUUUUCCAGUAUGAGCAGAAAUACCUUUUCCAUUCCUCCAAGAAAACAGAAUGUUUAUUCUUCAAAUUCUCUUCAUUCGAGUCAUCCUUCCACUUCUGAAACGAUGGAGGCAAUGGAGAUUGAUCCUGUACCUUCACCAAUGAGGAGACUGGAGACACCAACUGGUCCAACAAGAUUAUCACUAAUAACUCCACCACAGGAUGGACAUAUGGGCAGCAUAUCCUACAGACGUUCUCAGACAGCUCUAGUAACGCCAAGUCAGAGUGUUGGAGCAGGGUCUACAAGAUCCACCCCUGUGAGGUUACCACAUAGUGCGUGUCCAUUAUCAUCUGGAUCCCAGAGCAGUCAAAGGGGACCAUGGGCUAAUUUUGAUUUCAGAACCCCUCAGCUGCAUCCAUUUACAUCACCUUCUCCACAGCUGCCUCUCUCAAGGCAGCCAAUCACCAUCUCUGGACUUCUGCAAAGAGAAGGAUCAACUAAUAUAAGAGGACGUUCAGCAGAGAGAUGA